AUGGUUCAGGAAACCACCGCUCGUAAGCGAUCCUCAGGGUCAUCCUCGAGACGCAAGAGGCCACUGCGACUCAAAAUCAAUCCGCCAAAACCUCCAAGGCUAAUACUGAAACCACCAAAGCCACCUCAACAGCAGGCAACCAGGUUGAAAAUGGUCGUGCGGUCUCCAGAGUCGUCUUCACCUAAGGUAGACCCUCGUCCUAGGGGUUGGCAGGACACACCGCUUCUUGGAAAUGGUGAAGAUGCCUCGUAUGACUAUAGCGACAUCUGUAAAGUGCAAGCUAUUAUGAAAGUUUUCAAUGGCAUUUCAAGCGCGACCAGGAAGGUUGAGGUUGCAGAGCAAAAGCUCAACAGUAACGAGCGGCUGCCCAGUGACGUGACCAUAGCUCAGGUGGGCGCUCUGAAUGAUAUCGCUAGAGCUGAACUAGAAAUGAACGACAUAUUGCAAGAAGCCCUCAACUGCAACCACUGCGAGAAGACAAUGCGUCUCAAACCCGAAUCCAUGGAGUCAGAUAUCCGACACGGCAUUUAUCGCUGCACUGAAGAUCCCCCAUUCCUUAUCAACCCGCCUUAUGAGGACGACGUGGCUCCAGACGAGUUUCCCGAGGAAGUCAACGACCCAGGCUAUCUGCAUUUAGCAACAGAAGCUCAGCAAGAACAGUAUCUUGAAUUAGUCGAGCAUUUUAUAGCUCGAAACCGUGAGAAGAAGGUCUUCUGGGGAAUGGAAGAAGUUGACCAGGGCUACGAAUCCAAAUUCGCUUUCUAUUGUGUGGACUACCAUAUUCACCAUCAUUUUGUCCACAGACGUAGCAUUCUCAACUACUGUCGAACCAACGAGGAGAUGAACGAUAUUCGAGACUGGAAGUACAGGCUGGCAGUAUGGACUGCACAGAACAAUAUCCAAUUUGCAAGUCAAUCCAAAGAGACGCGGGACGAGAGCGAGUUUACUGUGACCACCACCUCUAGCAUGACUGCCCCAAUUCAGGUCUCCCGAACAGCAAAGCCCGGAGCAUUUGACACCUCUCCCACCUCGACCAACUUUUCAGGAGAAUCAACCGCGCCAUCAUCCCGAGAGUCAUCCGUCUUCUCGUCAUCAAUUGCCCCUUCUUCUCCUUCAACAACAUCCUCAUCUCCACCUAAACCGUUGUCAUUUCCCAAUCCGUCUCCACCAACGACUCUCCCAUGGCCCAAACAGCAAGCCAAAUUCUCGAACCAAAUCAGCCUGCAUCGGCAUUUGAGUAAUCCUCAUGAAAGGGCAGCGCGAGCCCGCAGCGUCCGCGAACGCUGGGAAGAGGUCAUGAAAAAACGCGCCGAACAACGCCGUGAUGGCCUCAUCAUAGCCAAUUAUGAAGCGGCAUUCACGUUACAAAAGUGGCAGCGCCAUAGAGGUGGACCACUUUUCAUGGCCCGAGAUGGAAGCAUCGGGGAGUUGUUGAAACGAUACAACCGUUGAGUCUCCGUACUUUCGUCAUCAAGGAUUCCGAUUUAUUCUUCGUCAGAACUUUCUCUUUCUUUGCCGUCCCCUUUCUAAUAAAGUUGGAGCCCGGA